UGAUGUGCAGUCCAAACUCCAAUCCAAAUUAGAAAAAGGCAACUCUUUCAAUUUAUUUCACUUUUCCGCCAAUUUUUUAAACAGUGUUAUUAGAUGGGGUCAGGAUCUGUUUAAUUCUUCUGGCACCUCCUUAUAUUAAAUUCUAGAGCCGUAAAAGCUUUUUUAGUUUUUGAAGGGAGAGAAAAAUAAUAGAAGUUGAUUUAAUCAAUCAAGUCGCCACUUCUCUUUUUUCUUUUUUUCUAAUUAGUAUAUUGAUUGAUAGAUAGAUCCGUAAAUAUGGCGAUUCUAUAUGCACUGGUCGCGAGGGGAUCGGUGGUGCUGGCUGAGUUUACAGCGACGGCGACAAACGCAAGCGCGAUUGCUAGGCAAAUAUUGGAGAAGAUACCGGGGAAUAAUGAUAGUCACGUCUCUUAUUCCCAAGAUCGGUAUAUAUUUCAUGUCAAGCGCACCGAUGGCCUUACUGUUCUCUGUAUGGCCGAUGAUACCGCUGGAAGAAGAAUUCCUUUUGCAUUUCUUGAAGACAUACAUCAGAGAUUUGUAAGGACUUACGGCCGCGCUGUUCAUUCAGCUCAGGCUUAUGCCAUGAAUGAUGAAUUUUCUAGGGUUUUGAACCAGCAAAUGGAGUACUAUUCCAAUGAUCCUAAUGCUGACAGAAUCAAUAGACUUAAAGGUGAAAUGAGUCAGGUGCGAAAUGUGAUGAUUGAAAAUAUUGACAAAGUUUUAGAGAGAGGUGAUCGCUUGGAAUUGUUGGUGGAUAAAACAGCUAAUAUGCAAGGGAACACCUUCCGUUUCAGAAAGCAAGCUCGUCGUUUCAGAAAUACUGUAUGGUGGAGAAAUGUCAAGCUUACGAUUGCUUUGAUAGUCCUCAUCCUGGUGAUUGUCUAUGUCGUACUGGCUUUUGUUUGCCAUGGACCUGCAUUACCUAGGUGCCUCAAGUGAGGCCUAGCGUUGACUGAAGCAGUUGGAUCAGUGAUACCUUGCUCAAAUUGUGGUUUCUACAUGAAUUAGUUGUAUUGACGGCGUAUGGUGAAACUUUUUUAUUCGCUAUUGGCAGUCUCAACGAAGAGACAGGAUGAACAAAUGAACCAACUGUCAAAACAAUUUGUGGAGCAGGUUGCGAAAAUAAACAAAUAGAAGAACUCGUGGAGCGUGUCCCAGAUCUAUAAUUAUCUCGAGUUAGCCUUUGCAGAAAUUGAUAUACCAAUGGACAUGGAGGCGUCUUUUUUUUCUUCUUUUUUUUUUUUUUGGGCGUUGUAUCAGGAUUACUUUUGUUAAUUAAAAUAACAUGCUUUUUCACUUAUAAACAUACUUUAAGAAUCAA